AUGCCCCCUACAUUUGCCCACAUCUUGACUGUGGUGCUCCAGCUAUCCCUGCUGCGCCAUUGUCUUGCAGGGGCAUAUUAUGGGCACAAGCAACUGCCUCAGCAGCACCAGCCCCUGCCACAGGUACCUCAUAUGCCCCUUGGCAAUGAAGGGAUUCAUCCACAGCAGUAUCCGGAGAAAGGGUUGUCACACUUACCUUACGGCAAUGAAAUGCCCUUGAUGCCUCAAUACAGGAAGGAGCUUCCACAGAUACCCAUGCGCAUGGGAAAAGAUGGCAAAGGUGAAACCAUACCUAGAGGUGAAGCCAUACCUAGAGGCCCUCCAGGUGAUGUUGGUCCUGUGGGACCUCCAGGUCCUCAAGGCCCUCCAGGAUUACCAGGACAUGGUAUGCCUGGACCACCUGGAAAACCAGGCCCCCCUGGUCCACAAGGAUAUCCUGGAAUUGGCAAACCUGGUAUGCCGGGGUUGUCAGGUAAACCUGGUCCAGUAGGACUCCCAGGACCAAAAGGAGAAAUGGGUCCUGGUGGUGGUGAGGGACCAACUGGAUUGCCAGGGCCUCCAGGGCUUCCAGGCCCUCCUGGUCUGCCAGGUAUUGCUAAACCCGGUGGACAAGGACUGCCAGGACAAUCAGGGCCUCGUGGAGAGCCUGGACACAAGGGACUUCCAGGUAUUCCAGGUCUGCCUGGGCCUAAAGGUGACAAAGGAAUUGGUCUUCCAGGACUUCCAGGUUUGAAGGGACCAGCAGGACCACCAGGGCCACCAGGCCCAGCAGGGCUGCCAGGUGUAGGUAAACCAGGUUUGAAUGGGUUGCCUGGAGUACCUGGAGGACCAGGAAAACCAGGCGCCCCAGGAGAACCUGGGUUGGCAGGACUGCCAGGUGAUGCUGGACAACCUGGGCCACCAGGAUUACCAGGCAUUGCCAAACCUGGACUGGAUGGAUUUCCAGGGAAACCAGGAUUUCCAGGUGGAAAGGGGGAACCAGGACCACCAGGAUUACCUGGGGGUCCAGGCUUACCAGGAUUUGGCAAGCCUGGAUAUCCUGGACCAAAGGGUGACAAAGGACAUGCUGGUUUGCCUGGUCCAGUAGGUCCAAAAGGUGAAAAAGGUCAUGGUGGUCUACCUGGAAUGCUUGGCCCACCUGGACCAAGUGGGCCUCCUGGCCCUCCAGGUCACAUGGGACCUCCUGGGGGUAUUGGUUUUCCAGGUCCUAAAGGAGAAGGUGGUGUUGUUGGACCUAAAGGGCCAGUGGGUCCAAAAGGUGAAGCAGGACCACCAGGCCUUCCAGGAAAGCCUGGAUAUCCAGGAGAGAGUGGCCAACCAGGACCACGAGGUCUACCUGGACCCCUUGGAGCACAAGGGGAGAAUGGACAUAAGGGUUUACCAGGACCCCCUGGAAUCCCUGGAAAGCCUGGUCCAAGGGGAGAAGGUGGUCUACCAGGUGAAAAAGGGCAAAAAGGGCCAGUGGGAAUCCCAGGACUAAUGGGCCCAGGGGGGCCAAUUGGUCCCCCAGGAUUUCCAGGACCAAAAGGUGAUUAUGGACCACCAGGAAAACCUGGCCCACCUGGUGAGGGAAAACCUGGUCUUCCGGGUCCAAUGGGACCUCCUGGAAAACCAGGAUCAGCUGGAUUGCCAGGUCAGUCUGGACAACCUGGACCACCUGGACCCCCAGGCCCUCCCGGACCUCCUGGCCAGGCCCCUGAUAUUGGACAAAUUCUUCCAGAACUAGGUCCAGGUAUUGAUGGUUUAAAGGCUGGUGGUUACAAGAAAGGCAAGCCUGGAGCAGAAAUGGUUGGUCAAAGCGGUCUUGAGAUGCCUGCAUUUACUGCUCAGCUUACAACACCAUUUCCUCCAGUUGGCAGCCCAGUGGUAUUUGACAAGCUCUUGCACAAUGGUAACCAGAACUACAACCCCCAAACUGGGAUUUUCACUUGUAGUGUACCUGGAGUUUAUUAUUUUGCUUACCAUGUCCAUUGCAAAGGAGCUAAUGUAUGGGUGGCAUUAUUCAGGAACAAUGAACCAGUUAUGUACACAUACGAUGAGUACAAAAAGGGUUUCUUGGACCAGGCAUCAGGAAGCGCUGUACUCCCGUUACAGACUGGAGACACUGUUCAUGUUCAGUUACCAUCAGACCAAGCUGCAGGACUUUAUGCUGGUCAAUACGUUCAUUCGUCUUUCUCUGGAUAUUUAUUGUAUCCAAUGUAA